AUGCCCGGCUUACUACUCACAAAGUUGGGACUCCUCAUCUUCGCGGGAACGGCCGUCGCUGCCGCAACAUACGCCUUUGUCCUUCCGCUGUUCUGGUACCUUUAUGACCCUAAGGGUCUACGCAAAUACCUAGGCUUUUCGCCUUUGUCCGGGUUGACAGACCUGCGCCAUGUGUACUUGAGUGCCUGCCCCAAUGCUCUGUCGCUUGACAACAUCAAAGCGAUUUCGGACAUAUACGGACACGGCACCAAAUGUAUUAGAGAUCUCAACUAUGUCAUUCUCGGGGGUGCCUUGGACGCAAUAUAUCCUAUCUAGAGCAGACGGUUGUGUUGGCGUCUGUGGUGCAUCGGCGUGAUUUUGCGCUGCCUUCUCCGGAGUGGGAC